AUGGCUUCCCUAUCGUCAGUAUCAGUGGACAUAGCUACUACUUUUGUCUCUUUGACUACUCGCCAUCCGACCAGACUUCGUUCCACUAUCCUUCCUUUCUUAUUCAAACCACAAAAAACCCACCAAUCUCUCCUUCUUAAAACUACUCCUCCCUUCCAUCGCCGCCGCUUCUCCGUUUCCGCCACCGCCACUACCUCCGCCCCUCAGACUGACGAUUCCGAUUUAACCACCAAGAUUCCUCCCGAUAAUCGAAUUCCUGCCACUAUUAUCACCGGUUUUUUGGGCUCUGGCAAGACAACAUUACUCAAUCAUAUUUUGACUGCUGACCAUGGGAAGCGCAUAGCAGUUAUCGAGAAUGAGUAUGGUGAAAUUGACAUUGAUGGGUCUCUUGUCGCUGCAAAAACUGCUGGGGCCGAGGACAUUCUGAUGCUCAACAACGGUUGUCUGUGCUGUACAGUGAGGGGUGAUCUUGUUAGGAUGAUUGCUGAUUUGGUUAACAAGAAGAAAGGGAAAUUUGAUCAUAUUGUAAUCGAGACUACAGGACUGGCAAAUCCAGCACCAAUCAUUCAGACUUUUUAUGCUGAAGACCAGGUUUUUAAUGAUGUCAAAUUGGAUGGUGUUGUGACUUUGGUUGAUGCUAAACAUGCUCCUUUGCAUCUCGAUGAGGUUAAACCAGAGGGAGUGGUGAAUGAGGCAGUGGAGCAAAUUGCUUAUGCUGAUCGGGUUAUAGUAAAUAAGACUGAUCUUGUUGGUGAGCAAGAAAUUUCUUCUCUGGUGCAGCGAAUAAGGAAUAUCAAUCGUUUGGCUAAUUUGAAGCAUACACAAUAUGGAAAAGUUGACUUGGAUUAUGUCCUUGGCAUUGGAGGCUUUGAUUUGGAGAGGAUUGAGAGCGCUGUCAGUGAUGAAGGUGGAAAGGAAGAUCAUGCCAGUCAUGACCAUGAUCACCAUCACCAUCAUGAUGAACAUGACCAUAAGCACGAUCAUCACGAUGGUCAUCAUUCACAUGACCACACUCAUGACCCUGGUGUUUCUUCCGUGAGCAUAGUCUGUGAAGGGAGCCUAGAUCUAGAAAAGGCUAACAUCUGGCUUGGUACUUUAUUGAUGGAACGUAGUGAGGACAUAUACCGGAUGAAAGGUCUGUUAUCUGUUCAGGGGAUGAAUGAGAGAUUUGUAUUCCAGUCUAUCGAUAAAAUUCAGCACAUGGCAAUCAAACAGCAUGAAUAUGCUAAUGUGUGGGUUCCUGAGAAAAUAGGACCUUGUAUGGUGGGGAUACAUCAAGGUGUUCAUGAUAUAUUCCAAGGUUCACCUGAUAGGUUAUGGGGCCCUGACGAAACCAGAAUGAACAAGAUCGUGUUCAUAGGGAAGAACUUGGAUGCUCAGGAAUUAGAGAAGGGCUUUAAAGCCUGUUUGCUGUGA